UAUCAAAGAUGUUUUGUGUGUUUUCUUGAUUAUGUUAAAAUGAUUACUUCCGCCUUCAUUGUCUGUAGGUGAUGCUCAGUUGUUUUAUCCUAAAACCACUGUUUGGUUCUUAUUGAAAGUAUGAAGCUCUUUGCAGAGGCAUUUUGCCCUAUAGAAAUUCUUGUGAUCAGUUUCAAAUUGUUCUGUUUGAUUUUCCAAACAUUUAUUGGAAUGUUUGAAUAUGCAAGAAGCUUCAAUUUAAAAUAUUGUUGGAUAAAAUUGUCUGUUGCUUCAGCGAUCUGCAGACCUCCUGCUCCUUUAUUAAGCAUGAUAUGAAGCAUACUUACUUGGAAGUAAACCAUUUUCAUUACUUUGAUUUUGCAACAUGAGUUAAAAAUCACAGUCUUAUUACCAUAUUUGCAGAAGUAAAUUGGAUUUACUAUAAAGUUGUUAAUGUGGGCUUUAGAUCUUGUAACAAUGCACUAUUUUAUUUGUACAAAGAAAAAUAAUAUAAUAAAAGUAGGGAAUGAGAUUAGACUAGAUGCUUUUGGUUCACUUAGUGGAAAUUUGCCAAUUUUUUGUGUGUGUCCUUCAACUUUAUAUACCUCCCCAAUCCUCUUCCAAAGAGUUCUGUCAACUCUUUGGAGUAAAGUUGCAGGGUUGAUGCUUAGCUAAUAGAUGUUGUUCCUUCAAAGGAAAAAAAAAAAAGCAAAUGUAAACGUAUUUGAAAGUAACUUUCAUCGACAAUAAUGGGACCCAAAAUCCCUGGGUAGAAUAAGCUGUGUGGUGUACCUAUACAUAUUCAGGAGAGUUGCAUUGUGAAGCAUUGAUCUAAAUGCUUCUUUAGUUUUAAAAAAUAAUGUUAAUUUCUUUCUUUAUAGGAUGUUAAUAAAUUAAAUAGAAUGGAAAUAGAAGCAAAGUUACUUUUGUCAGUGAAAUUAAAGUGUAAUUUAUUUGUCUUAUAAUAAAAUCAAAAUUAAAAAUAUAUCAGAUAUUUUACAUAUACAAUAAAUGUAUGAACAGUCUUAUAACAUGUCUUUGAUCAACUUGUUAGACAGUACAUUAUAUUUUAAAAUAUUAACUAAUUUGACUUAAUCUUUCUGGGUAUAAUUUUGGAAUUAGCCCCUUUGAAUUCAGGAUAAAUUCUGAGUAGACAAGAGUAGGACUAUGCUAUCAAGGUAUUCUUCAUUAAAUAUACACAUUUAAUAAUACAUGUAUAUGUAAAUAUAAAACAAUUUCAAAGGCACUUCAAAUACAUUUUUUAGAAGAAUUGUUAAAACUUCUCUCUAAUGAAAUUACAGUGCAGUGGUACACUAGAAAUCUGAUGUCUGGCGCAAGUUUGGAUGGGUAGCAUUCCCUCCACUUGCUUAGCAUACUAUGUGUGUUUACUUGGAAAUAAGUUCACCACAAUUCAGUAGGACUUUAUGGGAAAUGAGUUGAAAAUAUCCAGUUUUUUUAACUUGAUCACCAUGUUUUUCAGAAGUAAAUCCACCUGAUUGGACUGAUAAGGUCCCCAUGAUGGCUCACGACAGUAAGCACAGCCCUUGUUGGCUCUCUGUCUUCUGAGGAUCAUGACUUUGACCCUACAGCUGAAAUGUUGGUACAUGAUUAUGAUGAUGAAAGAACUCUGGAAGAGGAAGAAAUGAUGGAUGAAGGAAAAAAUUUCAGUUCUGAGAUUGAAGACUUAGAAAAGGAAGGAAGCAUGCCAUUAGAAGAUUUACUAGCAUUCUAUGGUUAUGAACCUACAAUUCCUGUUCUAGCAAGUUCCAGCGCAGAUAGUUCCCCAAGCGAACUUGCAGAUGAACUUCCAGAUAUGACUUUGGAUAAAGAGGAAAUAGCCAAAGACCUUUUGUCAGGAGAUGAUGAAGAAACACAGUCUUCUGCUGAUGAUUUGACACCAUCGGUUACUUCACAUGAAACAACAGAUUUUUUUCCUCGACCUUUAAGAUCAAACACUACCUGUGAUGGUGAUAAAGAAUCUGAUGGUGAAGAUGUGGAAGUAGAUACUGGUAAUUCAUCUGAAGAUUUGCGAAAGGAAAUAAUGAUUGGUUCACAAUACCAAGCCGAAAUACCACCUUUCUUAGGCAAAAGUUGCAAUGAUGAAAAAGCAUAUGAAAAUGAGGACCAGCUACUUUGGCAACCUGAUAUUAUUUCAGAAAACAAAGUUAAAGAGUACCUUUUUGAAACUUCUGUAAGAACUGGAAAUGAAAAAAUAAUUGGCAGAAUUCCUGAUGGAGUGCAUACCCGGGACAAUGAACAAGCACUCUAUGAACUCUUCAAGUGUAACCACAAUUUAAAGGAAGCUAUUGAGAAAUACUGCUCAAAUGGAAAGACAUCACAGGAUAUGACAGCUUGGACAGAAGAAGAAUGUAGAAACUUUGAACAUGCACUUCUGAUAUAUGGGAAAGAUUUUCAUCUUAUACAAAAAAAUAAGGUGAGAACCAGGACAGUUGCUGAAUGUGUAGCAUUUUAUUACAUGUGGAAGAAAUCUGAACGAUAUGAUUACUUUGCUCAACAAACAAGAUUUGGAAAAAAGAGGUACAACCACCAUCCUGGAGUCACGGACUAUAUGGAUCGGUUGGUAGAUGAAGCAGAAGCUUUAGGUGGUGCAGUUUCUUCAGCUAUAAUGUCAAAUAAUAGACUAGAGCCCAUUCCUGAUCAACAACUAAGCAUCCUGAAUUCAAUCACUGCCAAUGAUUUGACAGGUAAAUUAAAAGCACUGACCAAUAGCGUAGCUACAGUCUGCCAUUCUACAGAUGUGAACUCAGAAGACGUCUUCCCACCUCUGGACAGUUUGCCUCGAACAGCAGUUAAUCAUGUGCCUGUCGUAACAGAAGAUUUGCUUAACUUGCCUAGUAAUGGUGAAAGUGAUUGUUUUAAUUUAUUUGAGACUGGAUUUUAUCAUUCUGAAUUAAACACCAUGAACAUGUGCGGUGAAGACUCUGAACGGCCUGCCAAGAGAUUGAAAAUGGGAAUUGCAGUCCCAGAAUCCUUCAUGAAUGAAGUUUCAGUGAAUAACUUGGCUGUGGAUUUUGAGAAUCAUACACAUCAUAUUACCAGUGCCAAAAUGGCAGUUUCGGUAGCUGACUUCAGCAGUCUAUCUGCAAAUGAGACAAAUGGCUUUAUCAGUGCCCAUGUGUUACACCAGCACACUGCCCUCCAUUCAGAAUGAAUUCAAGCAGCAAAUUAAAUACAGUGAACACUGUUGGCAGUUUGUGGUAAACUUGAUGAAUUGAUCAGGUUUGCUUAGUCUUUCACUGGAAGUUUGAACUAUAUGACAUCAGUGAUGUCUUUAUGUACAGAACUAUAUCUUGAUUUAUCAAGAAUAAUUUCACUUUUUUCCAAUCCAUAAAUGUGGAAACUUCAUAUAAUAUCUAGCAGAGUUCGGGACUAAGAGAACUAUGUGGUACAGCUUUAAGCUCUGCUUCCUUUCUUUUUAAACCUGUAGAGAGACUGCUGUCUCAAAACCAGCACAGAAGUUCUGAACUUAAUAGAGUGGGUUUUUGUUCUAGGUUGCUUCAGUCCUAAUGGAUGCAGUGGAAUAAUGUUUGUUUACAGGUACCAGUUCUGAUCCUUGCUUAAUGUAGCAUUUUAAAAAAAUCAAAAGCAGGGAAACAUUUCUUUAAUUUAAACUGCACAACUACACAAGGAUAUUAUUAAAUGGAAGCUUCUAUCAUCUGAUAUUAAACCAGAGCACUUCAGUUUACAAAACAACAGAUUCAUCUUGGUGGAUAUUAGCACAAAAGACAGAGCAAAGUCUAAGGACAACCUUAGAUGCUCUUAUAAAAUUACAGGCCACGGCUACCUUACACAAAAAUAAUUAUACUGUCCAAAGGUUUUGGGUACCUUAAUGUAUUGGCUGAAAAAAUGUGUGUUAUUGGAGCUGGGGUGGGAGAUAUCUAUACUUCUAAGGAAUAGAAUUUGAAAACAUCAAGUAUUAUCUAACACUGCUUAAAGACACUAAGAAUGAUACAAUUUGCUCACUCCACUAAUGAAUUACAUCUUGGGGUUUGUCGUUACUUCAGAACAUGGUAAUUCAAAAUAGCAUGAAAAAUUCUAGAUUAAUAGAUGGUGAUGAUGCAACGGAUCUUUGAAUCAUUUUCAGCCAUUAGUGUAGUUUUAUUCCUGGAUUUAUUCAGACUUAAGUAUAUUAAUAUUCCAGAGAUAAAUCUUUGACAAGAUUUUUCUGUGUUGAAGGAUUUGUGAAAGUUCACCAAAACUUUAUCAAUUAUAAAACUUGCCAAUUUUACACUGACACUUAUAUAUAUUUAAUUUUGUUAAAAGCGAUUUUAAGGUAUUUUUUUCAGUAUUGAUAGUAAAUUGCUUCAUGGUUAUAUAUCAAAAAAGACACCUUAGUUAAUAAGUCAAAAGGAGUGUAUUUUACAUUUCUACAGCCUUAUUAGCAUCUUGAGUUUGAACAACAGCAGAGUGCUGGGAGUCACUAUGAAAUUAACAGAAGUUUUGAGUUUCUCAAAUAGCACAUUUUUAACCAUUCUAGGAAUUUAAUUACCACAUAUAUAUGUUAAUGGUGAUCUGUUGUAAAGUGUACAUCUGAAACUUGUCAGUCUAAUACAGUACACGGUCAACAAUGGGUAGCCUUGGCCCGGGGUCAUACUUUCAGUCAAAUUGUCAGCUUCCUGUUGCUGUAAUUUGUGCUGAAUGCUGUAUCUUGUGGGGUUUUUUCCUGUUUGAAUCAACACAUCUUAUUUAAUUUUGUAAAAUACUGGCCAUACUUUUCCUUUUGUUAUACAUUCAUGUUUAUGGGUUUUUCCAGUGGCUGGUGUGUAUAAAAAUCAUCACAUAAAAUGUAUGAAUGCUGAUACCAGUUGCACUUAAAAGAACACACCCAUUCUCAUCAGCUGAUGCAGUACUAUGUUCAGUUUAUCUAUGCAUUGCUGGGGUCUUAAUGAAGACCGAGACAGUCUAGUUUCUCGUCUAAAGUUUUGAUUGUCAGCAAGUUAAAUGGACACUUUAGUUAUUUAAUAAAGACUUUUGACCAAAAUUCUAAAAAUGGUAUGAGAGAACAAUGAAUUCUGGCUAGUUUUAAUGGAUUUUUAAUUGCUGAUCUAAUUUAGCCUAUUGGCUAGCUAGCUGGUAAUGUUUACUUUUAAUUCCUUGUUAAAAUGAGGCAAUAAUUUGCAAGAUUAUGUAAAUAUGUACAUUCUGCAUAUCUUUUUAGAUAUCUAUUUCAAUAUUUUCUGACUACUUCUGUGUAUAGUAACAUUUUGUGCAUGCUUGAUGUGACAUUCAUAAAUUUGUACCACUAUGACUUUAUUCAUGUAAAAUAGCUAUUUAUUGAAUUUUUCUUUUAAAAGCUGGACUGUUUCUCUCUAUUUUAAACAUUUUACUGGAGAAAUUAUUACUGUUUAUUAAAAGAAUUGCGUUUGAAUCAGAAGGAAGCUGGCUAAAUUGCAGCCAUGUAAAAACUACAUUGGGUUGAUUCAUUAUAGGUAAAGCACAAUUCUUCUAACAAACCGUGAUGACUUCUUUGUUCAUUGCUAAGUAUAUUCUCUGUUCUCCCCUACUCUCAAUCCAUUUGUAUAAACCAAAAAUCCAUGGUGGGCAUCUGCAGUUUGUAGAGGUAUCGCUUACAGGAACUCCAAAAGCACAUUUGAUUCACUUGGAUGUGCAACUGGUGCUGCAAUAGAGCAAUACUUCAACUUUUGUUAGCCAUUGCAUCCUCUCACUAAUAGCUUUUAAAGUUUUUCUUAAAAGUUUUUCUUCUUUAUAUAGACAGACCAAUCUUACAGACUGCAUUAUAUUCUCUGAAGUAUUGAACUCUGUACUGUUAGAUUUUUGUGCAGCUUUUCUUUGUAAACCAAUAAUCAGAUCCAUGUUAAGUUCACAUCCAGUAGUGCAUUAGUGAUACUAUUUAAUUGAAACAAACUCUUUGAAUGUAAAUUAGUGGAUAGCCUAACCACUAGAAGACUGCCCAGUGUUACAAGCACAGUGUCUAUAAAUGGGAAAGUAAAUGUGCAAAUAAUAAUUAUGAUUUCCAUGAGGGUGGAGUAUUCUAGUUAUUGCUUCAGGGCAGUUGAGGAUUGCAGUCCACCUCUUAAGAAAUCAGUCAUGUCCACUACUAGGUUCAAGUUGCUUCACCCUGUGCAUAAAUUAGUGACAAUCGCAAUCAGUUUUAAUAAUCUGAUGCUUAACAGGAAGUUGCUAUUGUCACAUUGGUUUUAAUAUUUGUACAUAAACACUGAUUUUUUUUAACAUUA